AUGACUCCCGCUUUGACUGUCCCUGAGUCUGAGUCCGUCGUCGCGUCAGCUGGCGUCAAGCCUCCGACCCAAGCCGAAGCGAAACCGACGUACAUCCUCCAUAGGACUCCGUGGCGUCCGCCGGUGGCAACUAGCGCCGAUGGAAUCUACAUCCACCUGGAGGAUGGUCGUCGGGUAAUCGACGGUUGCGGCGGAGCUGCUGUGGCAUGCAUUGGAAACUCGCACCCUGCCGUGCAGCAGGCAAUCAAAGAGCAGGUUGACAAGAUGUCCUACGUGUAUAAUAUGCAGUUGUCCAACCCUCCAGCUGAAGAAUUAGCCAAAAUCUUGGUAGAGUCCGGCAAUGGCGCGUUUGCUCUCUGUGGAUUUGUCUCCGGAGGUUCGGAGGCUAUGGAAGGUGUCAUCAAGACCGCGAGGCAAUACUACUUUGAGACCGGGCAGACGCAACGAAGGAACUUCAUCGCGCGAGACCUGUCUUUCCAUGGCAAUACAGUGGCUACUCUGUCUCUUGCCUCUCAUCCCACGCGGAAGAUCCCUUACGACGCCAUUCUCGAUCACGACCACUUUCACCAUGUGUCUCCGGCCUAUUCCGCACGUUUUCAGAAACCAGAUGAAUCCGAGCAGCAAUAUGUCGACAGGCUGGCGAAAGAACUGGAGGAUAAGUUCUUAGAGCUCGGGCCCGACACUGUGAUCGGAUUCGUUGCGGAGACGGUCGUGGGUGCUACCACAGGCUGUGUACCCGCUCCCAAAGGGUAUUUCAAGGCUUGCAAGGAAAUCUGCCAUAAAUAUGGUGCAUUAUUUAUUUUGGAUGAGGUCAUGAGCGGCAUGGGACGAAUGGGAACGUUGCAUGCUUGGGAGAGCUUCGGUGACGGCGAGGCACCUGAUCUCCAGGCUGUAGCCAAAGGUUUGGGUGGAGGUUAUGCGUCUAUUGGUGCUGUUCUCAUGUCGAAGAAGGUUGCGGACGGCAUCAGAGACAAUGCUGGCCUUUGGAAGCACGGUCAUACGUAUCAGGCUCAUCCCCUGGCAUGCGCUGCAUCGCUGGCGGUGCAGAAAGUCAUCGUGUCGGAGAACCUGCUCGAAAACUGCCGCUUACAGGGCUUAUACCUAUCCUCGUUGCUCCAAGAGCGCCUCAGGGGCACCAACGCUCCCGCUGCGCCAUACGUGCACGACAUUCGCGGUGGUGGCGCAUUCUGGGGCGUCGAAUUUGACUUUGCCGGUCAGAAGGCGGCCAUAUUCAGCUUCAAGCCGGCGCAGUUCCCUCUGCUCGUGCAAGCUCGGGCACUCGAGAAGGGCCUUGUGAUCAUGGGCUUUGACGGCAGCGCCGAUUUCGGCGGUCAUUGCAUCAUCGCUCCAGCCUACAACAUCACCAAGGGGCAAGUAGAGGCCAUUACCGACAUCUUCGUACAAAGCAUUGAGGAGCUCUUGCGGGAGAAUGCGAUAAACUGAGAUGGUGCAUGUAUCGUCUUGCUACACUGUCUUGCGGGCACCGUGUCAAUGUAUCAUUGCAUACUGCUACAAGUAGAGCAGUUCUAUUCCUUGACGCCAG